AUGGUUAAUCCUUCCUUAUGUCAUCAACUAGAUAAUCAAAAGGUUGUUAAAAAGUGUAAGAAAGUAUGUAAACCUCCUGUUCUUCGUUCAAGUUUAAAACCGGGUGUUAUAUGUAUUAUUCUUGCUGGUCGGUAUCGUGGAAAACGUGUUGUGUUUUUAAAGCAGCUUGAUGAUAUGAUUCUUGUUACUGGUCCUUAUAAAAUUAAUGGUGUUCCUCUCCGUAGGGUUAAUCCAGCAUUUGUAAUUGCAUGCUCUGGUAUAGUCAUUGAUGUUUCUGCUGUGGAUCUUACGAAGUAUACCAAAGAGUACUUUUCUCAGAAUGUCAGGUCAUUGAAACGUGGUAAAAAAAGUACUACAGAGGAUGAGUUUUUUGGUGAAAAAAAGACAAAACAGUUGGAUGCUUCACGUAUUGCGGAUCAAAAAGAAGUUGAUUCUUCUAUCCUUAAGUCAAUUUGCGAGAUUCCACAUUUAACAAAAUAUCUUUCGUCUACUUUUUCCCUUAGUAAAAACGAUUUACCCCAUAUGAUGAAAUUUUAG